AUAUGAAUGCAGGAGCAAGGAGAAGUAUGAGCCUGGUGAAACAAUUCGCUACCAGUGUCAUGAAGGAUUUCAGGUCACUGGUCCCCCUGAAAUUUUUUGCAGAAGGGGAAAUUGGUCAACACCACCAUUUUGUGAAGACGUCAGCUGUGGAGCCCCACCUGAAGUUCUCAAUGCUCAUAUUACCAGCACUCAACAGCAGAGGUAUCUGCCUGGUGCCAAAGUGCAUUAUGAAUGUGAAGCAAUUCUCAAAUUAUGGGUGUAAAUUAUGUCAUUUGUUCAGAUGGACACUGGACAAAAGUGCCAAGUUGCAGAGAUGGGACGUGUGAACCUCCUCCAGAAAUUGCUGGUGGAAAAGUUCAAGGUGUUAAAAAGCCAAGGUAUUUGCCUGGGGAGACAGCUCACUAUCAGUGCUGGCAAGAUUUUCAGAUGACGGGGGCUUCCACCGUAACAUGUCAGAAUGGGACCUGGACAGAGCUGCCCCAGUGCAAAGGGGAAGGUGGAAAAUGUGGCCCACCUCCAGAUAUUGAAAAUGGAGACAUCCUUUCCUUCCAGUUGAAACAAUACCCCCAAGGUGCAACUCUGAAAUACAAAUGUGCAAGUUUCUACGUCCUGAAAGGACCUGAGCAAAUCACUUGUACUGACGGGCAGUGGACAAAUCCCCCAGUUUGCUUGGCGGCUUGUACGACAUCUGAAGAAGAUAUGGACAGAAACAACAUUGAGCGAGAUGGACUGGAGAAAGACUGUACAGUGCUUGAGAUGGCUAUGGAGAGGAACAAAUUUAAACUCAGACAGUCAAGGAGAAGAUCUUACCAUAUCGCUCUGAGGAAGUAUAUUGUUUACGUGCAAGAUUUCCUACCGGAAGUUUCGAACCCAGAGGAGUUUAAUGCACAGUGCCAGGAUGGAGUGAUUACUAUCCCAGAUGUGAAUGUAAGUGCUCUGUGUGGAGGCACAGUGCUCUGUAGAACGUGGAUAACAACCCAGCAGUGCAAACUGAUACCUCUUUGA